CAGUUUUUCCGAGAUUUUCCCGAAUUCGCAACUUUUCAACAUCUCGUUCUAUUUUAAGACGAAUGAGUGAUAAGACUCUUAAUUAUUAACUAGAUCUAUUACUAAUGUUGUUUGGCAUGGAGUUCUUGAACUCGGCAUGAGUCCCUCUUAUGAGUUAUUGUAAAAAGGUUCGGUUUCCGGGACUGCUAUAAUUUAAGAAUAUGCAAUGGAACUGCAAGUGUUGGAAAGGGCGAUGGCUUUGCGUGCUUCUAAUGUUGGUGUUGUGCCCUCUCAUAUUGUGCCAGAAAAUCGGUGACCCAUAUCAAAUACUGGGUAUACAUCGUCGAGCAACAUUGCCUGAAAUACGCAAGGCGUAUAGGCAAUUGGCUAAAGAAUGGCACCCAGACAAGAAUGAGGAUACAAAUGCUGAAUCUCGGUUUGUUGAGAUCAAGCAAGCAUAUGAACUGCUAUCAGACUCCGAGCGCAGACAGGCAUAUGAUUUAUAUGGCAUCACCAAUGAAGAUGACCACAUGUAUAAGCAAAGACAUGACUAUAGUCAGUAUGCAAGGUUUAGCAAUGAUCCAUUUGAUUUCUUCAGUGCCCAUUUUCGUUCACAAGACCAAGAUAUAACAUUGUUCCACAAAUUGUCUGUUACUACCAGACAUUUUGAGAAUAAUAUACUCGAAAAGAGUGUCAACACACCAGCUCUGGUGCUGUUUUAUACAGACUGGUGCUUUGAUUGUGUCCGAUCGGCGUCUUCGUGGAGAAAACUGGUAGAAGCCCUUCAGCCACUGGGAGUAACCCUGGCGACAGUUCAUGCCGGCCAUGAAGCCAGCUUAGCAAGAAGACUUGGGGUACAUGGAGUACCAUGCCUGACAUUUGUAUUGGAUAAACAGAUCUAUAUUUAUAAGGACAGUUUAACAUCAUUACCAAAAGUGUUAGAAUACAUACGUUGGAAGUUCCCAUACAGACUGAUACAUAAUUUGAACGAUGGCAACGCGGACGCAUUUUUGAACGACUUCGAGGACAAUAAAGUGAAGGCUCUGAUAUUUGAGGAAAGACAUUUGAUUAGACUGCGAUAUCUGAUCACCGCUUUUCAUUAUAGGGACUGGGUGUCAUUUGCUUUCGUCGACAUAUCAGCCCAUAACACACAAAACCUAACUGCUAGAUACAAAGUGCAGAGGAAUAUGGACACAAUGGUCCUGUUAAAGGAAGAUUCAUCUGAAGCCGCUGCCACAGUCAGCACCACAGAGAUAGCGACACAGACUCUCACACAACUCAUAGAAGCUAAUCAGAUAUUGACCUUGCCUCGACUCUCUUCACAGAGCGUUCUAGACACGGUAUGUCCCGUGGAGUGGCGUGCCGCCCGGCGUCGUUUGUGUUGCGUUAUAAUAACACGUGACUCGCACGUGCUUAGAGACCUACGACCGCUCGCCAAGCGGGCGCCCGAGCGACUGAGAUACGCGUACUUGUAUGCGCAUAAGCAACCGGAAUUUGUUACCGCAUUGGCCAAUGUUUCCGGUAUAGACCUCUCAUCAAUAGAACACCGCAUUGUAGUAAUAUGGCGGCGUGAAGCGACCAGAGUUCAAUUUGAGUGGUUAAACGAAUCUUGGCCGAGUUGUGCCAGGUGUGAUGAUGACCCUACAUACCAACAGAGGCUUAAUGAGACCACGACAGCGUUGGAACAGCUGGUCAAAAGGCUGCUCAAACCCAAUGAAGUGGUGGCUUAUGAAGCAAGAGUACAAGAAUUACUAGACGAAGCGGCAAAAAGCGCGAUAUGGCGAGCGUUUCUAAAAGUAGGGGAGUGGAGCGAAAGGACAAUCCUCGCUUUGAGGACUCAGCACGCGAUAUCAGCUAUAUCCGUACUAGCCACUGUCGUUUUGGUACUUGCCAUUGGAUAUUUGAUGGCGUAUCUUAUUCGCGUAGAAGAAGAGUCCGUACAACGUCAAAAACAGGAGAGACGCGACCAAAAUGGCGGCAAAAAGGAAACAAAACCAGAGAUGAGAAUGCAUGAACUCAGAGCUGAGAAGUAUAAUGGACUUGUCAGACUACAGAAGCCGGGUUGCCGGACGAUUGUCGUGUUGGUGGACAUGCAAAGUCGUGUGCAGCUCUUGUCCAAAUUUCAUAAAAUCGUUUGGCCGUAUCGCAAGAACAAAACACUAGUGUUUGCAUAUCUGUGCGUGGAGCGGGGCGUGGAAUGGUUCAGGCGGGUGCUGGAGCUGUCCCUCGGUGGAGGUGCUUUGAGGGUGAAUGCUCGCAACUGCGUGGGAACAGUCCUAGCCCUGAACCCGCACAGGAAGUACUUCUGUAUCUACCACGCGAAACAUCCGGAGUGUGCUAAGCCGCAUAAGCGAAUGAGUCGUAUGACCCGUUCCCUCGGCGGUGGCGACAUCGACCCGGAGGCUGGGGCCUUUAUUGGAUUCACAACUGACCCGGAUUCGUCUGAUGAAGACUCCUACGAUCCGCCCAUACUCUUGCAAGAAAAUCUCCUCGAUGGCCUGGAGAAUUGGUUGGAUCGUCUCUUCGAAGGCAGCACACAUCGGUACUACAUCAACUACUGGCCUGACAUGACAACCAAGUGAGACCUCUUUAGUUUUAGUUCUCUUUGGUAUUUUUGUUUACCACGAAGGUGGCAUAAACUUUUUGCUGUCUUUUCGUGUUGGUCUGAAUUUCGAACGACUGAAAAGUCAUACGCCAUUUCUUUUGGUAAAUUUUCGUGUUUAUAUGUGGUUUAGAUUUGGGAAGUUUUUAAGCUGUUUUACGUGUUUUUUUCUUAAUUAGACAUUGUUAUUUUUUUCAUACAGUAAUCAAACCAAAAAUAUAUUUCCGAUUACUGUCUGAAGGCUUAUAGCCUGGUUAUACUGCCCAAGAAUUUGACCAGUUAGAAAGAAGUAGUGAGUUUAAGUCUAUGGUUUGGAGGCUGUCUGUGGACAAAAUUUUGACCAUAUUUGCUGGCCCCAAUAUUUAAAAAAUAUGUAAUGUGGGAAUAGACAAUGGAAUGGCUUUAAGUAAUGCCUUUGAAAUUUUCAUCUCAUUUUUUUUCUUGACGUUACAAAUGUUUUGACUAGUAUUUUAUUACGAAGUUAUCCAUUGUCUAUUCUCUAUGAAUUGUGGUAUUAUAAGGAUCAAAUGUUAUGGAAUUAGUGCCUAUCACAAUAGCACUGAUAGUCGCACGUAGGCUAGUUUUAAUUCUAAUAUCUAAAGGACUAUUUAUUGCUAAAGGUCAGGUUAUGUAUAACGAACAUUUUAGCUUUGGUCGGACAAGUUUUUCAGGAUUUUAGUAGAUUGAUGACGGUUUUAGCAGUCUGUAGUGGAAAGCCAACAACGUGAGUCUACCUGGUAAUUUGUUAUUUGACUACUGUCAUUGCGUUUUUGAUAUUAUUUUUAAAAACCCAGGGGUUUGAGACGAAGACACUUUCGAUUUCUUUCGACAGGCUUCAGAAAAAAUACUCUAAGCUCACGCUUUGUCACGUGACCAUGUUCAUGUCGCGCCACCUGUCCAAAAGUGACUUUGUCACAAGUCCCUGAAAAAAUAUAACUGCAUUAUAUUGCGCAAGCUUGCGAGCUUAAAUGUGACAAUUUGAGAAUUAAAUUAUUAAGAAUAUUUAUUUAAAUUCUACAAAUAAGGUUUGCCAAAAUAACACUUUAAACUUGCCUUGGUUCUAGUCAACAAUUUGUUUAACGACUAGCUUGUAAAUAAGGCUCUCUUCAAUAUCUCACAAUAGCUAAUAAUAUAUACAGUAUUAUACUCUGGCACUGUAGACAAUAACGCCCGUAUUUUUAACGUUAUUCGAACCACAAAUCUCCAAGGCUGUCACUGAAUAUAUUUGACAGUUCUUGACAGUAGAGUUGGAAUAAUGCGGGCCUAAAUUUGGUAGGCGUAGUUUUUAAUAUAUUUAUUAAUUUAUAAAUAAUUAAUUUAAUGAAGCAACAAUACUGCUACACGAUUAGAAUUUAUUUAUUUUUAAAUAAUGUUCUGAAAUAUGAAUGCAUUGUUAUCUGUGGAAGUAAGAUAUUAUCAGUACUAGACAACAAAUAUGUAUUCGUUUAUUCAACUGUGCCUACCAAAUUUAAUAUUUCUUAGUAUUCGAAUUUACAAUUAAUAUAUGCUAUCUAACGUUUUUAAAUAAGUAGAAAAUAAAACAGUGCCUACACUUUAAUAUUAAAAGUCACAUUUUCUGUUGAAUAUUACCAUUAUUACUGUAAUGUUUUGAUUCCUGGCAACACCAGUUGAAGUUCAAAAAUAUGUAUUGGAAAGUUAAGGGCUUUUUUUGCUUAUGGUGUAAAAUUAUUUUAAAUGUAGCUGAAGACUCAAUAAAAUUGCUCUUUACCGUUCUUUAAAUUCAAGGUUAGGUGAUGUUUGUUGUUUAGUAACAUAUAUUAUAAUAAUUACAAAGUUUACACAUAUUUCUUUUAAAUAUCUAUAUGAACCUAUAAAUAUUUAUAAUAAAGACUUAUGCUAUAAUGGUGUUUGUUACAAAUGCAAUUGAAGAAAAAAAAACUCGUAAAUGUAAUAAAGUAAAUUUUAUGACUUUAUUACAUUUAAGAGAUAUUACUUUAUAUAAAUAAAUUUUAAAAUAUUCAAUUUACUCCAUAUGAUUCAAGAUCAGGGGGGGAUCCGUUAUACGGGGGCGGAUCUAAUUAAGGGCUUUUUGGGCUGCAGCCCAGGGCCCUGUUGAUACAAAGUGCCCCCACUGAAAACAAUAGUCAAUAUUUAAAAAAAAUAUCGGAAAUUUAAAACAAUCAAUCACAAGGUUGGUAUCCAUCAAUCAACCCAUGUGCGAAAGGUCGCUUGUUUUCGGUUGGUGUAUAUUUUGCAUGUGACUUCCGGGGGACUUCCUCAUAACUGCCCAGAUCCCUACAAACCCACGUCCCGCACAUGACGUUAACUAAUAUAGUUUCCCAUUCAUGUUCCUUUUUAAUUCGAUAGUGAGUACUUGUGGCUAUAUUUGUGGGUUGUAGUUUCCACGAUUUUAAUUUUCUCCGCGCUUAUAAAAUUAAGAAAAGCUAGUACUAGCUGGUACAGCGGUAUAAUUAUACACAAUUUGUAAAAAAAACUUGAAUUUAAACACAUCUAAAGAGCAAUGAAAGUACUGUUUAAUUUCGAUUGGAACUGUGUUACAAUUUCCCUAGUCAAUAUUACGAAUGUGUUGUUAUUAGCUAUUAAGUAGUAUAAUUUGUGUGUAUUGUAAUAAAUUUGGGCGUGGCCUUCACUAAAAUAGUUAAGAUCCCAUAUGAUAUACUAGAUUUAUGCCAUUGAAUUUAAUUAAAAUAAAUGUAUCUUCAAUUGUUAUGUAUAUCUGCAAUGAAUGCUGUCAAGUCUUCUCUUAAUCUUAAUCACGCCCUAAAAGUAAUUUUAAAUCAUAUACCAACAUGUUUAAUGUUCAAAUUUUCUGUUAAAUAUAAUCACAAAAAUGUAAUGCAUUUGUUGUUGUCAAACAUUUUACAAUAUGUUUGUAAUAUAAUUCUUUAAAAAAGCAAUUUGUAUGUACCUGAUACCCACACCUCUUGUAAUACAAUUUAAUUUCAAAUAGUAUGAAAUAUAAUCAAGACUUUCUAUCUCUAUAUAAUCUAUCCUAUAACUGUUUUUAAUAAAAUAAACAAAAAUAUUUUUUUAAUCUGGCAACAACAGAACUUUGUAAUAUACAAAUUGACCUAUUUGUUUAAAAAGACAGUGUAAAUGUGUUUUAUAUCAUAUAAAUUAUGUUACCUACAAUACUAAUUAUUCUUGAUAUUCACUUUAAUACAGAAUAGAUUGAAAUUGGCAAUAUUCUUCUGACAGCACCAAUAUCAGUUACAUAUAAAUAUAUAGUGAAUAUUGUUACUAUUUUUUAUUACUGACUUAGAAAUGCAUUUGCACAUUCCCUCUUCUGAAAAGUAGCAGGGGCAUGUGUGGCUAGAAUUGUAGGCCCACACCAGAAUCUAUUAAGAAAUAGCAGAUUCCUUUUUUAGUUGGUAUUGCCCCAAAAAAUAACACCUCACAACAAUCUUACAAGGCGGUUUUGGGGUUGCUCUUACAUUAUAACUAAGUGGAAUAAAUACCUUUUUCUGACAAAAAUACUAAUGCAGCUAGCCCUGCAUAGAGAAGUGCAUACCUUAUCUCUAUGUAGUAGUGUCAUCUCUUUUCUCCAUAUCUUCUGACCCUUACAAGAUUCAGAAAUAGGUUAGAGAAAAAUGUCUGAAAUAAUAAUUUCAUGAAUGCAUCCAGCUAUUACAAUUUAAACCUUAAGAUCAUUUAUCAGUCUUUUCUUUGUCAAUAUUCACACCUUUGUUUUAUUGCGAGUGUGUCAUGUGUUACCAUGUUUGAGCUAAAAUUUACCAUGUUGGGUGUUUGUAUAUGGGUUGUUGUUAGCUUUUGUGUAUUACUAAAUUAUAUUGUUAAUUCUUUAAGAUACCUACUUCUAAAUUAUGUCUUUAUUCCAAUAUUGAUUUGUACAAUAAAGUAUAUUGUUCUCUCAUUUGUUUAUUUUA